UGUCGGUAGCGUCGGUCGGUCGUCGUCGUCGUCGUCGCUUGGCACAGGCUUUUCACCCCUUUUUGCCCACAUAAGAAGCAUAUUUUUUGUGUAUAUGUGCAUAUUUACGUGCACGGUGGCCCACAUUAUUGAAGCUUUGACAAGAGCAGCUGAUUUCCGGUUUUUGUUGCUGAUUUGUGUUAGAUUUAAAGCCGCAAGUGUUGUAACAAGUGCAGAUUAUCGCAAUCACAACGAUUGUACUUCUUAAUUGGCUGCACAGUAUCACACACUGGUACUACGCGAGAAAAGGGAAAUGCCUUUCUCCAGCAGCAUCAUCCAUUGACAUCAUCCUCAUCAUCAACCAAGUGCAUCGACGAGAAAGUACAAAAGUAAAGCCAAAAGCCGAUAGUUGCAGUUUGUUCUACUUUUCGCCGAAAGGUUCUGAAACACACGAUCGGAGUUCAAUUAGAUUGGCGGUCGAGGUGUUCUGCUAUUGCUGUUGCUGCUAUACUAUACUUCAAGUGAGCUUGUGAAACUCAGCUUAGACAGACGGGUACCUUACCUGAUUCCCCGCCAUGCACGAUGGCAUCACGGCACGGCACGGUGCCUCGGUGGUCAGCGCCGAUAACGCCACUUCAAACGGGGCCGUUAUCACCAACGGAGGCAUCAGUCGUACCAUUCAGUUCUUCCCCCAUCAGCAGCACGGUAGCAGUGGCAGCAGUUCGCCUUCUCCGCCGUGCUCCACAAACUCAUCCCCGGCCAAGCGGUGCCCUUCUAAGCCGGCUUCCCCGUCACACCACGCGCCCUGUAACGGCGAGUUCAAACUUUGCAGCUACGACGACAAGGAAGACGGCGCCGGCUCGGCCACGACGACCAGCAGCGGAACGUCCCCGGCGGAGGUGUUUGGAGUGUUGGGAUUCUGGCUGAAGCUGCGGCACGACCUCAAGUCCCUGCCCUGGGAGCAGCUGAAGGCGGUCAAGAUGAAGAACGCGCGCGCCGCUCCCGGAUGUGCCUACAUUCCGACCGAGGUCGAACACAUCGCCAACGUGCUCACGCACGGCUUCUGGGUGCUUCCAUCGGCGUACGGCGGAGUUAAUCUUUUCUUGCGCAGUUACACCUCGGCUCAACUGCUGGCGGCGAUCAUCUACGGCGUCGCCCUCUCGAUGCUGUUCUUCGUGUCAACGUUCUUCCACUGUGUGUUCUACUGCAACCGGAAUCGCCCGCUGAAGGACGUUCUCCACCGGUGCGAUCGGGCCAUGAUUUACAUCUUUAUCGCUGGCAGUUACUAUCCGUGGCUGAGUUUGGGCCACACGACCCACCCGCAGAUUGUGUCCGUCAUCAAGUGGUGCGUCUGGGUGCUGGCCAUCAUGGGCAUCAUUUACCAGCAGAUGUUUCACGAGCGGUUCAAAAGUCUGGAGACGUUCUUCUAUCUGGUCAUCGGGCUCGGCCCGUCGCUGGUCAUAAUCUUCUGGGGUCACGAGUUCACCGGGAUGGCCGAGCUGAAGAUCGGGGGCUUGCUGUACAUCGUCGGGAUUGUGUUUUUCAAGUGUGACGGAGUGUUUCCGUUUGCGCAUGCAAUCUGGCAUUUAUUCGUGGUUUUUGCGGCUGCCGUGCACUAUUUUGCCAUCCUUAACCAUCUGUACCCGGUGGAGUCGACGGCCACCUAGGAAGAUGCAGCGACGAAGGCACUGGUGGGCAAUGUAAACUAGUGAAAACAGUGAUAUUACAAGUAGCAACUAAAUUAUGGAAUGCUAGGUACCGUGAAGGCAGUUGAUUUGUGUAGAUUAUUUUGUCAAAGUUCCGUUCUCUGUUUCAAGAGAAUAUGUUGUUAGAACUCAGCAUAGACCCCAGGUAUACAGCUCAGACUCAUUCACCGUUAGGUUUUCGUUUGCAUGCUAGGUUUCGUUACCGAAUAGUUGUCGAUCCAAUUAUUAGUUAAGUAGCCACCAACAGCUCGAAUUUAUUUUGAAUAGUGACAAGAGUUUAGUUUUAAAGGUUUAUUUGUGAUAUUGCUUAUUAAUUUGGAACGGAUGUAUUUUAAGUUUAAUGUAGGUUCAAAACUAAACUAGGAAUUGAGACAUUCAUUGAACAAUCAUCUUAAUACUCAUUUUGUAGCAUACUACGCACAUUCAAAAUACAGUUAAAACAUAUACAGGCACCGAUAUAGUUCCCAUCUAUUGAUACUUGCAUAAUAAAAGUUAACAUACUCAUUUACUCAAAACAGAAACAAAACUGUGCAACUAAACCACCUAGAAACUUUUAUCUGAAAGAUUCAAAAUCAUGUUAGUAUCUGUCGAUUAAGGAAAAAGUAUAACAAAUAAAUAAAUAUAUUUGAUAAUUGUCAAAAUCAGCGGGUUACAGUUAGAACUAAACUUAACUAGCAGAAGAUGCACUUAUUCAUGAGUUUCAAUGUGUGGAAUAAAAUGUAUAUGAUUUUGAUUUCAGCAAUAAGAUUUUUUUUUUGUUUGAAUUAUAACUUUUUUGGCGUUCUGUUUUUUAGGAAAUGUCACAUUGUUGACGAAAAUUGUUUCAAACUUGGUGUUAGACUAUUAAUUUGUUUCAUUUACGAGGAAAUAAAUUAAAAUACACUUAUUUCAAGUAUCAUUUCAAUAUCAGUCUAGACUGGAUUACUAGAAGAAAUGAUAUUUUUUUCACUGUAUUUUUUGGGUCUUCUUUAAAUGUUCCAAAGUUUCAAGAUUGCUCGAUGGACUGUUCAAAAUUCAUAUUUAUUAGUUAAUAAAACAGGAAAUCAGUCACUCAAAAUUGACUUAUUUUGGUUCUCUGAACUCGAUUUAAAAAAUGAGGAAUGGGCGGGUUUGGACACAAAUUAAAACUAUUUAUUUAGAUCCGGAAUAAGAAAGUCACUUACGUGGUCAUAACUUGAGGCAGGGUUGUCAGAUAUUCAAUGUUUCUUCAAUGUUUUGUUGGAAAGGUAUUUUGAUUACCUAACCAAAGAUGGGUUGGAUGAUGGAUUCGGACGUAGUUUACAUACAUUUAGGUGAGAUUCGGUUUCAAAAAGUACACAAAUGUCACUUAAGUGGUUAUAAUACGAGACAGGGUUACCAGAUCUUCAAAAUUUUAGACGAGUUUGAAAGGUCUUUUGAUCACCGGACAUAGUUUUCAUACAGAUAAAUGCGAUCCGCCCAUAAAAAUCCAUCGUCCGAUUCUCAACGUUGACACUUUCUUAUACAUAACUUUUGAACUACUUAUCGGAUCUUCGAGAAAUUUAAUAGCGCAGUAUGGGAAACCAGACCGGAUCGAAUGCAAUCUGUUUGAUGGUGCCAAGAAAACUUCGCAAGAAUUAUGAGCACCAAGGUGAAUACGCACACAUAUAUACCAGGAAGGUGCUGUGUCCUAUCCCUCGCCUCGACCAGACCAAAAUCCAUGAUAAAACUGACAGACCAAAUCUGUCAGACCAAGACUGUCAGACCAAAGAGCAAAAAGUAAACAAUCUUGGUCUUCGACGUAGGUGCACACAAAUCAAGAAAAGAAAAUUUGAAAAAGAAUUUUAUUUUUCCAAUUCAAUGACUGGGUUUGGACUGCAAAAUUGAAUGUACGUCAGAAAAUGGUUAAGCAGUGCGGCGUCCUGUACACCGACAAUUAAAUAAGCAGUUAAAAGCCUUAUUCUUCCAUUUUAAUUUUAGAUCGCGUUUUCGGUUUACACCUGAAAAAUCUUGAAAUUCUUUAUACGGAUUUGUGAUUCCUCUCUUUCCAUCAUUCCCUUGAUAUAUACACACACACAGACAUUUGUUCAGUUUUCGAUUCUGAGUCGAUUGAUAUACAUGAAAGUGGGUCUACAAGCUUUCUUUGAAAAGUUCAUUUUUAGUGCAGGAUUAUAGCCUCUAACCUCAGUGAGGAAGGCAAAAUGUUUACAGUAGUCGGGCAAGUACGUGUGUCAAACGAGUUCUAACUAAAAUCCAUUUGGCCAGUUGCCGCACUUGCAGCAAUUUGCAGGGUGUGUCAAGAUCAGAUCGAAUCUUCUUUCAUAUGAAGAGUGACAACAAUGCACGGAGUUUUCUAAGUUUUUGUAGAAUAUCCCAGGAUUGAAAUCGAAUUUUAGGGUCCUGAGAAGGACAAAAGGUGAGGCAUUGAAUGCUGCACAAAAUGGCGUCUUUAACCAAUUUUGGCCCAAAGCGAUGUGCGACAAGAUAGCACGAUCGAAUUAUACACUUUUUGAGGCCGGAUCUCAGAUAUUUUAAUAAAAGUAAUGUCCGGAUCAAUCAUGGGACCCAUCGUUGGAUUAGUUAUCAAAAGACUAUUCCAACGAAUCCAAAAUAUUGAAAAUCUGACUACACUAUCAGAUGUCAUGAGAGGACAUGAGUGUAUGAUGUUUUGUAAACUAAUCUCAAACUUGUCGUUUAUGACGUUUUUGGAACACCGAUACAUG